AUGACAACAAAUACUAGUGAAAUGCAGUUAAAUAGUAUAAACAUUGAUUUGUAUGUUAGUAUGAUCGUAUGUAUUUCAUCAGUAGUUAUCUCUACUAUUGCUUGUUUACUUAUUAUAACUCUCAUUAUUAUUACACGAAACUUACAUUCAUCAACAAAUUUACUUGUAUCAAGUACAUGUUUAUCAACACUAUUUUAUUUAAUUAUCUCAACAAUGAAUGCUUUUGUUUUUUAUACUUCAUCUUCAUCAACUGAUUGGUCAUGUCGAAUACGUGGUUAUCUAUAUUAUUUUUCUCUUAGUAUUGUCAUAUAUUCUUAUAUGAUUCAAGCUGUCUCUCGUUUAUUUUGGACGGUACUAUACAAACAUCGAUAUUUACUAUCUAUGAAAUGUCAUAUAUAUCUUAUUAUAUUUAAAAUUUGCAUUUCAUUUCUAUUGUCAUUAUCAACUAUAAUUACCAAAGAUAUUGUAUAUCGUCCAUUUGAAUUGUGUUUAGUUCCAAUGAAAUAUACCUUUCAUAUAUUUUAUCUAUUAACUAUUGGUUUUAUCAUUCCAAUUGUAAUUAUUACUAUUAUAUAUGGGAUUAUUUAUUAUCAUAUUGUUCAUGCAACAGCAAACUUUCGGCAAACAUUACAUGGAACAAAACGUGAUGUUAAAUUAGCACGUAAUAUUCUUAUUUUACUUGGCAUUUUUCUAUUUGGUGGUUUUCCAACAGUGCUUUAUAUUAUAGUAUCAAAUACAGUUGAAUCAGCACCAAAUGUAUUAUUUCUAAUCGCUAUAACAACACCAUCAGUGGCAAUAGCUAUUGAAAAAAUCAUGACUAUUGUACUGAAUAGAGAUAUUCGGCAAGUAUUCAAAUUACGAUGGCUAAAAUGGUUCUCUUAUUGUAAAACACCUACGAAUCGUGUUCAACCAAUAACAUAUACAAAUAACAGAAUAAUUAAUCUUACAAAUACACAAAAAAGUCAACAAAAUAAAACAAAGACACUAAAUACUCGAACAUAA